AAACUCAUCCAUUGUCUGCUCACGCUGUCUCACUCACGUAGCCGACUAUCUCCCCUUCCUUUUUUUAUUUCCUCUCUUUCUCUCACACACUAUGGCUAUAGUCUAUACUCUAUACAUUGUCUGCUCACGCCGUCUCAGUCACGAACACUCAGCAAACCAGUAUUCUAGACACAGGAAACGUAGUCUACAUUGAGAAACAGAAUCCUUCGCUUCCCUUCCUACGUUUUCCUAUCAAUAACAAUAACCCACAUCACACACCACCAAACCCAGGAAACCCCCAUCUUCAUCAUCACUGCCUUUCCAAUUCCAAACAAUAUGUUUUUUAAUUUUGCCCCAAUUAUGUGCCCUUUUUCGCCCUUUGCUUCUGUCAGUGUUUUCCUAUCCCACACAGAAAAGAAAAGAACCUUCCCACAUCCCCCUUCUCUCUAUUUUCACAAUUUCACUCACUCUCUAUCUCUUUCUAUACAUCUAUAUCUACCUAUUCUAUCUUUUCUUUAUCUUCAUACAACGCCCCUUCUUUUAUUGCCCUAUUCCGUGUUCACAUCUAUCACCAUAUAUUCAUUUUCCUGUUUUUCACACUUAACCCUCCCUCCCAUCUCUCUUCGGUCGCAAGAUCACACCUUUCGAAAACGGCCCCUCUUUGACUUUCUUUAUCUAAUGUCAAAGAAGAUAAAAGGAGUGAUUUUGGAUCCAUCGACGCCGUAUGCCGUUUCUACGAGCGAGGACGAUAGGGCUACGCUCAAGUAUCGGACUCUUAUGCAGGAUUAUCACGACUGGCAAAAGGAAGUUGAUAUGAUGAGAAGCAGAUUAGAGGUGGGGAAACAGAGGAAGAUGGUUCUCGCUGCUGAAGUUGGGUUUCUGCGGAAAAGAUUUAGUUACUUAGUAAAAAGGAAGACUAAGAAUUCUUUACAGAAAGAAAAACUAGGACAGUUGCCCAUUCUACAUAAGCAAACUAAACAGACUGAGAAACGCGGUAGAAAAGAAGCCACUCAUAGUAUUUCACCCCCAAUUUCAGAAGUUAGAGCGAAGAAGAAACAGUAUGUUAGUAAAGAAGUAGCUUUGCGUGGUACAUCUCCACUCGGGAAGCAUCAUGGGAAAAUGUUAGAUGGUGGAAAAGAUUCUAUUCAGCGCAUUUCAACUAUGAUUCCUGAUUUGAGCCACAAAGUAAGAAUAGACUCCAGGAAAGUUAAUUUGAUGCAGAGCAAGACUCCAUUUUUUGAGUUGAACAUGAAAGGAAGAAUGUAUGAAAAUGGUACAGCUCUGAGCAAUGCAUCCACGGCAUUUAAUUUGAAUAAAGAUGAUAGUUCUAUCGGGAUAGAAUCGCCAUUGCCCAGCCGAGCGCCCAUCUUUGACUUGAAUGAAAUCUCGACAGGUGAUGAGGAUUUCCAGACUGAUAAUGACGCGGUGAAGUAUGACGAAACCAGAAGAAGUUUAAUGAGACAUCCAAAUGACGAAGUACAAAAUGACUUGAUGCUGUCCAUAUGUAGAAAUCCUGGUGAAGGGCCGUCUCGUGUGGGGAAGAGGAAGAUCUCAUGGCAGGAUCCAGUAGCAUUGAGAGUUUGAGUGCCUGUUCGUAAGCUGGAGGCUAUCCAAUCAUCAAGGUAAGGAGGGAGCUUGCUCAGCCUGUAAUGUCGGCUUUCAUUUGCCAUAGCUUUGCUCAUUUUCUGGGAUAAAUACUUACUUACUGAAAAGCACUGCCCUAGAUGGCCAAACUGGAACUAAUUGGUUUCUAGCUAGUUUAGGAUUAUACCAUAUCGUUUGCUUUACUUUCUUCUUGAGCUCCAUAGCUUCUAUUGCUCGAUUAUGUAAAAAAGGACGAUAAGUCUGUGGACGCGCUUAUAUAGAACUAGAGUUCAGAUCCAUUUCUACCAUAAACUUUGUUUAUUUCUGAUGUGAAGCAGAUUAUUCUAUCUAGC